AUGACCGUUCUCAACCAAAUACUGGGCGAGGCCGCCCUUCUUGUUGCGAGACAAGCGGCAUCGACAGCGCCGUCGUCAACGCCAACACCGACCCCGUCAACAACAACAAGCGCCACUCCUGGUCCCACGACCUCAAAUUCUAGCAAAGGUAACGAUAAUUCGAACAAUGGGGGAUCCAGCUCGCCCUUGUUGUUUUUCGUUGCUCUCGGUUUUGGCGUCGUCUUCACAAAUCUCUGGAUUAUCGUAGGUGUCAAAUACUGCUUCCGAUACAACGCCCGCAACAGAGCAAGAAUGACAAAUGAAGAUGGCGAACCCAUCACUCUCGAGACCGUCCAUCGACCACGCAGGCGUCGCGAGAAGAAGUUGAUGACCAUGGAUGAGGUGAAUGAGAAGUUCCCGAUGAUGAAAUACAAAACGUGGGUGUCGGAGCGAGCCAGAGAGGGUUUGCCGACCGCUGGAGGCGUUUCUGUCCCCCCAAGUCGAGCGAACAGUAUCCGUGAUGCUGAUGGAAUUCUGCCCGAAAUUGCCAUCGUCAAGAGCCGCAUCUCAACUGAAGCCCAUCCUGUGGAUGAUACCAAGACUGCCACCGCUGCCGACUCUGCAAACGACGAGAAGACCGUUAAGCCUGCUUCAGAACAAACCGGUGAAACCGGACAAACGUCAAACUCACAAGAGGAUCGACCUGUGCCACUCCGCAGAAUGUCAACUGAAGAUGAAGACGAUGAUGAGCAUAUCGACGCCGCCUUGCCUCCUGAGUGCCUGGCCGCGCCUGGGGAUUCAUGCGCUAUUUGUAUCGAUACCCUUGAAGACGACGACGAUGUUCGCGGGUUGACAUGUGGCCACGCUUUCCACGCUGUUUGUGUCGAUCCCUGGCUGACAAGCAGGCGGGCUUGCUGCCCUCUCUGCAAAGCCGACUACUACACGCCUAAGCCGCGGCCGAAUCAGGAUGGCGAUGCCAAUGGCAACAAUGGUACCAGCCUGGACCCUCGCAACAACAGUCGUCUGAACCUUCCUGGCGGUCUUCGAUCUGCUUGGUUCCGCAGCAACACUGGAUCAUCUCGGAACACGCCUUCAUUCAUGCGUGGAGGUCGGGAUGGCAGAUCACAAGGUCGAUCUCGAACACAAACAAACCCACAAGAGACUGGCACGACGACAACUUCAACGCCAGCCCAGUCUAACAAUGGUGGCAUGUUGUCGUCGAUUCGUUCUGCCUUGCCAUUCGGUCGUCGACGGAAUGAGCAACGGACAACGGCAACGGAAACCGUUACACCUGCGCAGCUAGAGUCCGGCACUCGCACGGCAGGCACUCAAUGA